AUGGUAACUAUCGCUGAGCCUCAAAAGAUGAACCUCAAUGGCUACGUAGGUUUUGAUUCCAUCACAAGACAAAUUGAAAAGAAGUUGCUAAAGCGUGGCUUUCAGUUCAACGUCAUUGUUGUCGGGCAAACUGGACUUGGUAAAUCAACCCUUAUCAACACUAUCUUUGCUGCCCACUUGAUUGACAGUAAAGGUCGUACCAGCUCCGAAGAACCAUUCAGACAAACAACUGAAAUUCAAACCGUGUCGCAUUUAAUUGAAGAGAAUGGCAUUCGUCUAAGACUUAAUAUUGUCGAUACUCCCGGUUACGGUGAUCAAGUCAACAACGAAAAUUGCUGGGAACCAAUCAUUAAGUACAUUAAAGACCAACAUAGUGCUUAUUUGCGUAAAGAACUUACCGCUAUGCGUGAGCGCUAUAUUCAAGACACUAGAAUUCAUUGUUGCUUGUUUUUUAUUUCUCCAACCGGUCAUGCACUGAAACCCAUUGACAUUGUGGUUCUCAAAAAACUUUCUGAGGUUGUCAAUGUUGUUCCAGUUAUUGCCAAAUCUGAUUCUCUUACAAUGGAAGAACGUGUAGCCUUCAAGCAAAGAAUAAAGUCCGAAUUGGCUUUUCAUAACAUCAAGUUAUAUCCUUAUGACUCUGACGAGCUUGAUGAUAAUGAGCGAGCCCUCAACGAACGUAUCAAGCAAAUGAUUCCUUUUGCUAUUGUUGGAUCUGAAAAAAAUGUAGUUAUUGAUGGUAAAUCCGUUCGCGGGCGAAGAAAUAGGUGGGGCGUUAUCAAUGUGGAAAAUGAAGAUCAUUGUGAGUUUGUUCAUCUUCGAGAUUUUCUCACACGAACCCACCUUCAAGAUCUUAUUGAAACCACAGCUCAAAUCCAUUAUGAGGCUUUCCGCUCUAAACAACUGUUGGCUUUAAAAGAAUCUAGUUCCAAGCAACACGAACAACAGCAGCAGCAAUCACAACCUGUGCAGCCACAAGUGGGUCCUGGUGGACCAGUUAUUUAG